GAACCCGAACCUCUUGACACACGUGUUUGAUACAAAACAAGUAUAUAGGACUAUUUGCUCUAGAUUUUAUUGUUUUAAUUGUCGGACAAUAUUAUUAAAAUGCCUAAAGUUAAAGCGGAGAAAAAAUCUCGACAGCACCAGGAGGUGAAAAGUCAAGGAAUUAUGUUCAAUACUGGUGUUGGUCAGCAUAUAUUGAAAAACCCUUUGGUGGUCAAUGGCAUAAUAGAGAAGGCAGCAUUACGACCAACAGACGUGGUUCUGGAAGUUGGUCCAGGAACUGGUAACAUGACUGUCAAACUUCUGGAGAAAGCCAAAAAAGUAGUUGCUUGUGAGUUGGACACCAGGCUUGUUGCUGAGCUUCAAAAACGAGUUCAGUGCACUCCAUUGCAGAGCAAGCUUCAGAUCCUCAUAGGUGAUGUCCUCAAGACCGAACUCCCUUUUUUUGAUAUCUGCGUGGCUAACUUGCCUUAUCAGAUAUCAUCCCCUUUUGUGUUCAAGUUGUUACUUCACAGGCCAUUUUUUAGGUGUGCCGUGCUGAUGUUUCAGAGGGAGUUCGCAAUGCGUUUAGUGGCUCAACCUGGAGACAAACUCUACUGCAGACUUUCCAUCAACACACAGCUCUUGGCUCGAGUAGAUCAUCUCAUGAAGGUGGGAAAGAAUAAUUUCAGACCGCCCCCAAAAGUGGAGUCCAGCGUGGUGAGGAUCGAGCCAAAAAACCCUCCACCACCUAUUAACUUUCAGGAGUGGGACGGUCUUGUCAGAAUUGCAUUUGUUAGAAAGAAUAAAACAUUGAGUGCUGCCUUCAAGUCUGGUGCUGUUGAGCAACUUUUGGAAAAGAACUACAGAAUCCACUGCUCCGUGCACAACAUGGAAGUGCCACAGGACUUCAGCAUUGCACAGAAAAUUGACAGUGUUCUCCAGCAGUCCAAGUUCAGUGAAAAGAGGGCACGUUCUAUGGAUAUAGAUGAUUUUAUGGUGCUCCUUCACGCUUUCAACUCCGCUGGAAUACACUUCUCCUAAGACUUAAGGAACAGCUACUAAGUUGACAGGAAGUGAUGUCACAGGCUUCUCGUGUUCAGGUUGAUGUUUUCCCCUAUGUGAAGGAUUUAAUAACUUUUUCAAUGGGACACAGGCGUUGAAUGUUUCGUGUGGCCUUCCUGAAUGGGAAAAUAAUUACAGACUUGCAAAGCUCAUUUGUGUUCUUGACGAAUGCCAGGUGAUGUUUUUGUUUGUGGCUGGGAUUGAAGAGAACAUUGAUUUUCAAAGAGAUAUUACUUAUAAAUGAAUUUACUCACUCUGUGGUUGUGAGUACAGCAGCAACUUUCAGUCUUCUAUCUUAUAAGACUCUGCAUUACAUGUGGAAUGUAAUUGCAGUCGACUAUGUGCUACUCAAUAGUAGACUGACCAGGUCAGACAGUAAACCCGUUUGUAUAGUCGUAUACUAUUAAGUAUAACUGUAUUUUGCUAUGUAAACAUGACUAAUAAUAAGAGUAUACGGCUGACCUAUUCUAUUAAAAUGUAGCAAGAAGUCGUUCAUGCAUGAUAAGAGUAUUUUUAGCAUUCAGAAUGAAGAAAAUGAGAAAGUGAAUGAAUAUAAUAUUGUGGUCUCAAGGAUGUUGUGCUGUUUUAGUGCUGUUUAGUCUGAAAAAAAAACCCACAAUGGAAAAUGGUUAAAACCCAGUUUCUCAAAACGGUAUUGGUUAAUUCAUCCUCUUAUUAAAUGUAUUUUAUCAAUAUUUGUAUCCACAUAAAACUCUGGUGAAUCUCUUUCUUUACUUUUCACGUUUAACACUUGUUUUGCUGUGUGCUUGAAUUCAAAUCAUAUGAAGCAUAAAUUAUUAUAGUGGUACUUGGGCAUAAAAACAAUUAUAUUAUCAUUAACAGAUAAAAUAACAGU